CGCUGGAGCCGACGCGGGCGUUAGUCGAGAACGGUUGUUAACUGCAGCACUACAUAGUACGGUGCCGGUGACACGAUCCUGCUUCGCCCCGUUCAUUGUUUCGCGCGUUCUUGCCGUUGGAGACGUGGUAUUAGCACUACUGCAACUAUAGCCAUGGCCGAUGUCGUGAAGAAAAUGGAAGAGGCGCCCGGCAUCCUGGGCAAGGAUGACAAGAGCCACUCCCUGUUGAAGAAAUACCUGACGCCCGAUGUGGUCAACAAGCUGAAGAACACCAAGACCAAGAUGGGUGCUUCCCUGUGGGAUUGCAUCCAGUCGGGUGUGAUUAACACCGACAGUGGAGUCGGCAUCUAUGCUCCCGAUGCGGAAUCGUACACCACCUUUUCUGAGAUCUUCUAUCCCAUCAUCAACGACUACCACAUUGGCUUCGACAUCAAGGGCGGCGCCAAACAUCCGCCGAUGGAUCUGGGCCUGGACAAGAUCAACUUCCCCAAUCCGGAUCCGGAGGGCAAGUACAUUAUCUCCACCCGCGUGCGCUGCGGUCGAUCGCUGCAGGGCUAUCCAUUCAAUCCGCUCCUCACCGAGCAGCAAUACAAAGACAUGGAGGGAAAGGUGAAGGAUGCGCUGAACGGGCUGCCGGGUGAGCUGGCUGGUACAUACUAUCCGCUGACCGGCAUGUCGAAGGACACACAGAAGCAGCUGAUCGAUGAUCACUUCUUGUUCAAGGAAGGCGACCGUUUCUUGGAGGCUGCCAAUGCUAACCGUUUCUGGCCGACCGGUCGCGGUAUCUACCACAACAAGGACAAGACGUUCCUGGUGUGGGUUAACGAAGAAGAUCAUCUGCGCAUCAUUAGCAUGCAGAAGGGAGGCGAUCUCAUGGCCGUCUACAAACGCCUCAUCCAGGGUGUGAACGAGAUUGAGAAGAAGUUGCCGUUCUCCCGCGAUGAACGUCUGGGCUACUUGACCUUCUGUCCGACCAAUUUGGGAACCACCAUUCGUGCCAGCGUCCACAUUAAGCUACCCAAGAUCAGUAAGAAUCUCGAUGAAUUCCACAAGAUUGCCGCCAAGUAUAAUCUGCAAGUGCGCGGCACAUCCGGCGAGCACAGCGAAUCCAUCGGCGGCGUCUAUGACGUGUCCAACAAGCGCCGUAUGGGAUUGACGGAAUUCGAUGCUGUGAAGGAGAUGUACGAAGGCAUCGUCGAGCUGAUUAAGCUGGAAGAGAAAUCUUAGAUUGGGCGUAAAUACAGCUCCGUGUGUGAAGAGAUGCUGCGGAAUGCAACUGUUCUAAUCCUGUCCCUUUUUUCGGUCGUUGUGCAGCGUUGGUUAAACGAAGAGAAAACCUGUAUAAUACUACUCGGAUAGAUGAUAUACUUCCCGGUUUGAGUGUUUGAGUAUUUCUGAUUAUGGUGAGAUUUUGGUUAACGAUCGUUGUGAUUGAUAUAAUGAUGUCAUACCGUUAUUUGAUGCGCUGAUGACUGAUCAAUAAAUUUCCGGUACCAUCCAAACAA